AGGCUGUGGCGACGGUUUCCUGGCGGCCGCGCGCUGCUCCGUGAGCGGCGGGCGGCGGGCGGGCCUCGGCCCUCACUCGUGACACUCUCCCUGCCCCAGCGCAGCGCGGCUUUCUGUUGCAAAGACUAAUUUUGAAGAUGUUUAACAAAUCGUUUGGAACCCCUUUUGGGGGAGGCACAAGUGGCUUUGGCACAACUUCAACAUUUGGACAAAAUACUGGCUUUGGCACCACUAGUGGCGGAGCAUUUGGAACAUCUGCAUUUGGCUCUAAUAAUACUACUGGAGGCUUAUUUGGAAAUUCACAGACCAAACCAGGAGGAUUAUUUGGUACCAGUUCAUUUAGCCAGCCAGCUACCUCCACAAGCACCAGCUUUGGAUUUGGUACAUCAACAGGAACAUCAAAUAGCUUGUUUGGAACUGCAGGCACAGGAACCAGUCUUUUCUCAUCCCAGAACAAUGCUUUUGCACAAAAUAAACCAACUGGUUUUGGGAAUUUUGGAACAAGUACUAGCAGUGGAGGGCUCUUCGGAACUACAAAUACCACCUCUAACCCUUUUGGUAGCACGUCUGGCUCCCUCUUUGGGCCUAGCAGUUUUACAACAGCACCUACUGGAACUACCAUUAAAUUCAAUCCUCCAACUGGAACAGAUACUAUGGUCAAAGCUGGAGUUAGCACUAACAUCAGUACCAAGCACCAGUGUAUUACUGCGAUGAAAGAAUAUGAAAGCAAGUCAUUAGAGGAACUUCGUUUAGAGGAUUAUCAGGCUAACCGGAAAGGCCCGCAGAACCAAGUGGGAGCCGGUACCACGACAGGCUUGUUUGGCUCUUCUCCAGCCACCUCCAGUGCCACAGGACUUUUUAGCUCCUCCACAACUAAUUCAAGCUUUGCAUAUGGUCAGAACAAAACUGCCUUUGGAACUAGCACAACUGGAUUUGGAACAACUCCAGGUGGUCUUUUUGGUCAACAGAAUCAGCAGACCACCAGCCUCUUUAGCAAACCAUUUGGCCAGGCCACAACGACCCCGAAUUCUGGUUUUUCCUUUGGUAAUACCAGCACCCUUGGCCAGCCAAGCACCAAUACUAUGGGAUUAUUUGGAGUAACCCAAGCCUCACAGCCUGGAGGUCUUUUUGGAACAGCUACAAACACCAGCACUGGGACAGCUUUUGGAACCGGAACUGGUCUCUUUGGACAGACCAACACUGGAUUUGGUGCAGUUGGUUCGACCCUGUUUGGCAAUAACAAGCUUACUACGUUUGGAACCAGCACAACCAGUGCUCCUUCAUUUGGUACAACCACUGGCGGGCUCUUCGGUAACAAACCAACCCUGACUUUAGGAACCAAUACAAACACUUCUAAUUUUGGUUUUGGCACAAAUAACACUGGGAAUAGUAUUUUUGGAAAUAAGCAAGCACCUGGGACUCUGGGAACUGGGCUUGGUACAGGAUUCGGAACAGCUCUUGGUGCUGGGCAAGCAUCUUUGUUUGGAAACAACCAACCUAAGAUUGGAGGACCUCUUGGUACAGGAGCUUUUGGGGCCCCUGCAUUUAAUACCACAACAGCUAUUUUAGGCUUUGGCGCCCCACAGGCCCCAGUAGCUUUGACAGAUCCAAAUGCUUCUGCUGCCCAGCAGGCUGUUCUCCAGCAGCACCUCAACAGUCUGACAUACUCACCCUUUGGAGACUCCCCACUCUUUCGGAAUCCCAUGUCAGAUCCUAAGAAGAAAGAGGAGAGAUUGAAACCAACAAAUCCCGCAGCCCAGAAAGCGCUUACCACACCUACUCAUUACAAAUUGACACCUCGGCCUGCCACUAGAGUCCGGCCAAAGGCCUUACAAACAACAGGUACAGCCAAAUCACAGCUCUUUGAUGGGCUGGAUGAUGAUGAACCGUCCCUCGCCAACGGAGCAUUCAUGCCCAAGAAGAGCAUUAAGAAGUUGGUUUUGAAAAAUCUUAACAAUAGCAACCUCUUUACUCCUGUGAAUAAUGAUUCAGAAGAUCUAGCUUCACCAUCUGAAUAUCCAGAAAAUGGAGAGAGAUUUAGUUUCCUCAGCAAAGCCGUUGAUGAGAACCAUCAUCAGGACGGAGAUGAUGAUUCCCUUGUAUCACGUUUUUACACCAACCCCAUUGCCAAACCCAUUCCUCAAACCCCAGAGAAGGUUGGGAAUAAAAACAAUAGUAGUAACAAUGUGGAUGACACUAUUGUUGCAUUGAAUAUGCGGGUUGCUUUGCGAAAUGGACUGGAAGGAAGCAGUGAAGAAGCCUCCUUCCAUGAUGAGUCACUGCAAGAUGACAGGGAAGAAAUAGAAAAUAGUACUUAUCAGACACACCCAGCAGGCAUUAUUCUCACAAAAGUUGGUUACUAUACUAUUCCAUCUAUGGAUGACCUUGCUAAAAUUACCAAUGAAAAAGGAGAGUGCAUUGUUUCUGACUUCACCAUUGGUCGCAAAGGGUAUGGCUCAAUCUAUUUUGAAGGAGAGGUGAAUUUGACAAAUCUAAAUUUGGAUGAUACUGUGCAUAUCCGAAGGAAAGAAGUUAUUGUCUACCCAGAUGAUAACCAGAAACCACCUGUGGGUGAAGGGCUAAAUAGGAAGGCUGAAGUCACAUUGGAUGGAGUUUGGCCAACAGACAAAACAUCCCGUUGUUUAAUAAAGAGUCCAGAUCGACUUGCUGAUAUCAACUAUGAGGGGAGAUUAGAAGCUGUUUCAAGGAAACAGGGAGCCCACUUCAAGGAGUACCGACCUGAAACUGGUUCUUGGGUUUUUAAGGUCUCCCAUUUUUCUAAGUAUGGCCUUCAGGAUUCUGAUGAAGAAGAGGAGGAACAUCCAUCCAAAACGACUUCAAAGAAGUUGAAGACUGCCCCUUUGCCCCCUGCAGGCCAAGCUACCCCUUUCCAGACGGCUCUUAAUGGCAAACCUGCACCUCCACCUCCACCUCAGAGCCAGAGUCCAGAAGUGGAACAGUUAGGGAGAGUUGUGGAAUUGGACAGUGACAUGGUAGAUAUCACCCAGGAGCCAGGUUUGGAUUCUGUAUUGGAGGAGAGCGUGCCUGAAGAUCAGGAACCUGUGUCUGCUUCGACGCACAUUGCGUCUUCCCUAGGAAUUAAUCCACAUGUUUUACAGAUCAUGAAAGCAUCAUUGCUCACCGAUGAAGAAGAUGUGGAUACCAUGGAUGAACACUUCAGUCACUUUCCUGCCAAAGGAGAUAUUUCUCAACAAAUCUGUUCUCCCAGACUCCCCAUUUCAGCAUCCCAUUCGUCAAAAUCUCGCUCAAUAGUUGGUGGAUUGCUGCAGUCAAAAUUGACAAGUGGUGUUUUUCUUUCACCAAGUGCCUCUUUGCAAGAAUGUCGCCCUCCGAGAGCAUCUUCUUCAAUGAAUAUCCCAUCCACAUCUGCUUGGUCUCUGCCCUUGACCACUGUGUUUACAGUGCCCAGCCCAGCUCCAGAAGUUCAACUUAAAACAGUUGGUAUACGCAGGCAACCAGGCCUUGUCCCUCUUGAAAAGUCUGUCAUGUAUGGCAAAGGGAAACUCCUGAUGGACAUGGCACUAUUCAUGGGACGUUCAUUUCGGGUUGGCUGGGGACCCAACUGGACUCUUGCUAAUAGUGGAGAACAGCUAACUGGUUCCCAUGAACUGGAAAAUCACCAGACUGCUGAUUCUAUGGAAUAUGGAUUCCUGCCCAAUCCAGUAGCUAUCAAAUCUCUUACUGAGUCUCCGUUCAAAGUUCAUUUGGAAAAACUCAAUUUGAGACAAAGGAAGUUGGAUGAAGACCAGAAAUUUUACCAGACACCUUUGGAGCUCAAAUUAAAGCAUAGCACUGUCCAUGUAGAUGAACUAUGUCCUCUCAUUGUCCCCAAUCCGGGAGUGGCUGUCAUUCAUGAUUAUGCAGAUUGGGUUAAGGAAUCGUCCAGAGACUUACUGGAAGCACAGAUUGUGAAGCACUGGAGCCUGACAUGGACAUUAUGUGAAGCCCUAUGGGGCCACCUGAAGGAGCUUGACAACCAGCUGGAGGAACCCAGUGAGUACAUUCAGAUUCUGGAACGAAGAAGAGCUUUCUCCCGCUGGUUGUCCCAAACUGCUGCACCUCAGAUUGAAGAGGAAGUCUCCUUCGCUCGAAAAGACAACCCUGUCGAGGCUGUCUUCAGCUACCUCACAGGCAAAAGAAUCAGGGAGGCCUGCUCUCUGGCACAGCAGUCAGGUGACCAUCGUCUUGCCCUUCUUUUGUCUCAGUUGAUUGGCAGUCAGUCAGUCCGGGAGCUGCUCACCAUGCAGUUGGCUGAUUGGCAUCAACUACAAGCUGACUGCUUCAUCCAGGAUGAGAGAUUGCGCAUCUUUGCCCUGCUGGCUGGAAAGCCGGUGUGGCAACUGUCAGAACAGAAGCAAAUCAAUGUGUGCUCCCAGCUGGAUUGGAAACGCUCCCUUGCUGUCCAUCUUUGGUAUUUGCUUCCGCCAACAGCCUCCAUUUCCCGGGCACUCAGCAUGUAUGAAGAAGCAUUUCAGAGUACUUCUGAGAGUGACAGAUACGCCUGCUGCCCACUCCCUUCAUAUCUGGAGGGUUCUGGCUGUGUGGUAGAGGAGGAGCAUGACUUGCAAAGACCACUUCAAGACGUUUGCUUUCACCUUCUAAAACUCUACAGUGACAGACACUAUGACCUCAAUCAGCUGCUGGAACCUCGAAGCGUAACUGCAGAUCCUUUAGAUUACUGCCUGAGCUGGCACCUGUGGGAGGUUCUUCGUGCUCUGAACUACACUCAUCUCUCAGAGCAGUGUGAGGGUGUGCUGCAAGCCAGUUACGCUGGCCAACUGGAAAGUGAGGGGCUCUGGGAGUGGGCCAUCUUUGUCUUCCUGCACAUUGAGAACUCAAGUAUGCGUGAGAAAGCAGUUCGAGAGUUGCUUACCCGGCACUGCCAGUUGUUGGAGACCCCUGAAUCUUGGGCUAAGGAGACUUUCCUUACCCAAAAGCUCUGUGUGCCUGCUGAAUGGAUUCAUGAAGCCAAAGCAGUUCGAGCACACAUGGAAUCCAAUAAACACUUGGAGGCCCUCUAUUUGUUUAAAGCUGGUCACUGGAACCACUGCCACAAACUCGUCAUCCGGCACUUAGCUUCUGAUGCAAUCAUUAAUGAGAACUAUGACUACCUGAAAGGGUUCUUGGAAGACCUGGCACCUCCAGAGCGCAGCAGCCUGAUUCAGGACUGGGAAACAUCUGGGCUUGUCUACCUGGACUACAUUCGAGUAAUUGAAAUGCUCCACCGUAUUCAGCAGGUGGACUGCUCAGGUUAUGAACUAGAGCAGUUACACACCAAAGUGACUUCACUGUGCAACCGGAUAGAGCAGAUCCAGUGUCACAAUGCCAAGGAUCGCCUGGCUCAGUCAGAUAUGGCCAAGCGUGUAGCCAACUUGCUACGGGUGGUACUGAGCCUACAGCAUGCCCCUGAUGCCACAUCUGACUCAACGCCAGAUCCUCAGCGAAUCCCUUUGCGCCUGUUGGCUCCCCACAUUGGUCGGCUCCCCAUGCCUGAGGACUACGCCUUGGAGGAGCUGCGCGGCCUCACACAGUCCUACCUGCGGGAACUGACUGUUGGGAGCCAGUGAGCCCCAGGCUCUUGCCGGCCCACUCACGAACUCUUCACACUUCCCACACAGCAGUUUCAAGCCUUGCUUUAAUUGACACUGUUUGCCAAUCACUAGGUUGACUGUGGAGUCCACCCUCCCCCUUCCUGCUGCCCAAGGCAGCAGCCCCCAGUUCAGAGCUUUUCUUAAUUCUGAACAUAGCAUAAGGGCUUCUGGAACCAAAAACAUUAGGAGACAAAUCUCCAUUUACCAUCCUCGACUAUUCGGUUUUUGUUUUUGAAAAAUGCUCAGUAAAACCCUUUUGGCAGAUAACCCCAUACCGAGAGAGGAAAAAUGAGGGAAAAAACCAGGGAAUUCUUUCUGCCACCAUUAUUCUGGAUCUGGUGACCACCACCACCCCUGUGCCAACUUGCUAAACUACAUCUGCUAUAGCCCGUCUUAGGACUCUUCAGAGGAGUGAGGCAGGCGAUGGGAUGGACAUGCUAAUCUAGGGCUGCUCUUCCUUAGCAAGCAGAAGGGAACUUGUCUCUGAUGUAAGUAAAAUGCUUGAUUGACAGUUUGGGAUUCAAAAGUGAGUUGGACAGAGUUAGGUAACAGAACAGGGUUUCUCUGACACAUUUCAAUAGAAGAGCAUGCUGCUAUGUGGGACUGACCAUCAAGGCUGUUUUGUGCCUUGGAUAUUACAUGAACUACAUACUGCCUACCAUCAUGUGCAGCAGCCCCUGGUCACAUGCCGCACGUCUCUGGGACGCUCCAGAACUUGGUUUGGUCUUUGAUUGUUAGUCAUCUUUCUGGGACUCGUGUCUGAAGUUACCAGAAGAAUUUGUAUGAAAAAUGUCUUGGACAGCUUUCCUUGCCUCUCCCAUACUAGCCCUCCAGAGCAUUUCCCACUUUUUAUCCACCUUCCUGGAAGAAGGUAAAACCAUCACCAAGGCAGGCCGGGAGCUGAGCUUCAGGGUAAGGUCGGAGGGCCUUCACUACACUGCUGCCAGCUAUGGGGAGUCCCAGGUGCUGGCCUGAGAUAGCUCGUGUUAGGGCUGCACAGACAGUAUGGCCACCCUUGGGUCUUUAUGCAUGAAGAUUAUGUAAAGAUUUUAUUAAAGUAUAUAUAUAUAUACAUAUAUAUAUAAAUGAUCUAGAUUAUUUUCCUCU